AUGAGAUUCGCCCUGCUGACGCUGCUGUGCGCUCUGGCCGUAGCCGCUGCCCAGAGGCCGGACUUCAGCCACGGCUGCGCCCACGGCAGCUGUUACCCGGCAACCGGGAACCUGCUGGUGGGCCGGGAGAAGAACCUGAAGGCCUCGUCCACGUGCGGGACGAGAAGAAAAGAGCGCUAUUGCAUCGUCAGCCAUUUGCAGGAGGAGAAGAAAUGCUUCGAGUGUGACUCCAGGCCUUACGACGAGGUCUACAACACCAUCAAUCACCGCAUAGAGAACGUCAUCACCACCUUCAAACCCCACCGGAAGAAGUCCUGGUGGCAGUCGGAGAACGGAAAGGCAGAAGUCUUUAUUCAGCUGGAUCUGGAAGCUGAGUUCCAUUUUACUCAUCUAAUUAUGACGUUCAAGACUUUCCGUCCGGCCGGGAUGCUGAUCGAGCGGUCAGCAGAUUUCGGACGCACCUGGCAGGUGUAUCGAUACUUCGCCCACGACUGUGCAGGCUCCUUUCCCGGAGUCUCGCCGGGCCCUCUGAGGGACAUCGAUGAUGUCAUCUGCGAGUCGCGCUACUCAGACAUCGAGCCGUCGACAGAAGGAGAGGUCAUCUACAGAGUGCUGGACCCGGCCAUCAGGAUUGAGGAUCCAUACAGCCCCAAAAUCCAGAGUAAGGUCAUCUACAGAGUGCUGGACCCGGCCAUCAGGAUUGAGGAUCCAUACAGCCCCAAAAUCCAGAGUAAGGUCACAAACCAGGUCGCGUUCAACUUUGACAAAUGA